AUCGCAUACAUUUAAUCAACAGUUUAUCACAAAAUCCAUUCAAUUAUUUCAAUUGAAAUUUACCAUAGCCAGUGAAUUUUCGGAUUCAGUUCGAACCAUAAUGUUUAGUCGUUUCUGUACCGCAGUCGCAUGAAUAGUAUAAUAAUACUGUUGAAACGGAUUCGGUCUAACUGAUUUUUAUUUUCUGCAACGACCAGUUUGUCGCUGAAGCGAAAUUUUAAAAGUGUUGAGUUAAUAGUGCGCUUUAGUUUUAUAGAAUUUGAUUUGAUUUUUAUCUUUAAAAUUAAAAUAUGUUCACAAGUUACUAUACAAACGUCACGGUGCAUAAAGUAAUUUAAAUAAGAAAGACAUUCAUUUAAGAGAGCUCACAGGAUUCGUUCAAAGGAUUGGAUUAUUAAUAGGUAAUCAAAUCAACGACAAUAUGAGUAAAAAAUACGAUGCCAGCCAUGGGCAGAAUAAUCCUGCAUUUCUUGGAGAUGAUGGGAAAAUCUUUAUACCAGCGUUAGAGCUGGAACUUUCUGAAAAGAAACCACCAAAAGACGAUGGGGACUACGAUCCGUAUUUACAUAGAAAUGUUGAACAUCCAACCUCAAAUUCCGACACUUUAAUUCAUCUGCUUAAAGGAUCACUGGGCACAGGUAUAUUGGCAAUGCCGAAAGCCUUUUUCAAUUCUGGUUAUUUGGUUGGAAGCAUUGGAACAGUGAUAAUCGGCAUCAUUUGCACAUACUGUAUCCAUCUGUUAAUAAAAGCCGAAUAUGAAUUGUGCAAACGGAAAAAGGUGCCGAGUUUAAAUUAUCCGGCAGUCACUGAAGCAGCAUUAAUGGAGGGCCCAUCAUGGGCGAAAUGUAUGGCACCGUAUGUAAUACAUGUUGUAAACACUUUCCUACUUAUCUACCAGCUUGGUACUUGCUGCGUUUACGUCGUGUUUGUAUCCACAAACAUUAAAUCAAUAUCUGAUUACUACACCGAAGAGGAGACAGAUGUCCGAUUGUUUAUGUUAAUCAUUCUCCUUCCACUUAUUCUGAUAAAUUGGGUUCGAAACCUAAAGUACUUAGCACCAUUCUCAACGAUUGCCAAUGUGAUAACAAUGGUUUCGUUCGGAAUUAUUUGCUACUACAUGUUUAACGAACCGAUCACUUUCGAAGGCCGUGAACCCGUUGGUGAGCUAAAACAUUUUCCAUUAUUUUUCGGGACUGUGCUUUUCGCUUUAGAAGCUAUCGGAGUGAUACUGCCUCUCGAAAACGAAAUGAAAACUCCAAAAUCUUUCGGUGGAACUUAUGGUGUGUUAAACAUUGCGAUGGUGUCCAUAGUUUUUCUGUACGUAGGCAUGGGAUUUUUCGGUUAUUUGAAAUUCGGCGACAGCAUACAAGGAUCAAUUACAUUAAAUCUACCAGCGGCAGAGAUUUUAGCUCAAUGUGUUAAGGGAAUGCUUGCAUUCGCAAUUUAUAUCACUCACGGGCUAGCUUGCUAUGUGGCUAUUGAUAUCACUUGGACUGAUUAUUUAGUUAAACGAUUCGGAUCUAGCUCGAAGAAAUUGUUUUAUGAAUACGUCGUUCGAACGAUACUUGUAUUGAUUACAUUUUUGCUUGCUGUGGCUAUUCCGAACCUAGAAUUAUUUAUUUCGUUGUUCGGAGCUUUGUGCCUUUCAGCAUUAGGAUUGGUGUUCCCAGCACUUAUUCAAUUGUUCACAUACUGGAAACAGAUCAGUGGUCUGGAGAAGAUUUUUAUGGUAUUGAAAAACGCUUUUAUUGUAAUUGUUGGACUUGUCGGAUUGGUCGUUGGUACAUAUACCAGUUUGUCAGAGAUCAUUGCAACAUUCUUCGAAUAGUUUUUCGUUUGUGAUUUAGUGUCGGAUUUAGUUACUUUUGCUCACGUUGUAAUUUUUAAGGUUAUUUGUAAGGCAUAACAAAAUCAAAUAAAGGCAAACAUCUAAUGUGUUCUAUGGUGAAA